GAAAGGCCAGAUCAUGUAUUCCAACACAUUGCACUAUACUCCAGCAGAGCCUCCAGGGACAGUCAUCCGAGCUGUGCCCCUUACAUUAAACAUCCAGUGCCUAUACAAUAGAUUUCAUUAUUCCUACAAAAUGGGCUUCCUGCCUGUGGUGAGGGAGCACAUGUUUCACAAGAUUUUUGAACGCAGGGCCAAGUUUAGUCUUUAUGUGUGUAAUGAACGCUGGGAAAGACUCGAGGGAAAUGGGAGAUUUGUGCUUGACGAACCCAUGUAUUUUGAAGUCAGUGCUGCUUAUAUAUCUGAGGACGAAAGGAUUUUUGUUGACUCCUGCUAUGUAACAGCAUCAAGAGACCCAAAGUCUAUUCCACAACACAAUGUUAUUUGUAAUUAUGGGUGUAUGGAGGACAGCAGAAGACAAGCAAGUCUCUCACGCUUUCUCCAAAGACAGUCGAACAUUAUAAGGUUUUCAGUCGAUGCCUUUUUACUCCCCCAAGUUACUGACACGCACUUUUACCUACAUUGCACAGUAUCGGUUCACAGUGCCACUACAAGUGCCAUAGCAAAGUCAUGUAACUAUAACAAUGUAGAGAGAAGGUGGGAGGAACUCUACACCGACGCAUCUGUUUGUGCUUGUGAUUCCACAUGUGAAAUUGAAUCAUCUUCUUCUUUGCCCCAUGUGACACAAUCUAUAACAAGCAAACCCUGGAUUUUGGACAAAAACAAACAAUCUUUAAUCCAGACUAUGGAAGGGUGGGUCAAUGUUCAAGAGGACACAGAAGAGAUGAAGUUCAAGAGUGCAGAAGGAAUCGAUGAAGAGGAAGAAGAUGGUUACACUGUGGAGAUUGUGACAGAUACUGAAGAACAAAUAGAAGCAAAAGAGAAACAUAAAAAGAUGCCCAUGAAUGAUUUAGAUGAGGAUGUAGAAGUAAUUGUUGGGACAGUGGAAACAACUACAGAGUUAAAGGAUAAAAAGGGUGAUCGUUCUGGAAAAGUAAUGCUUGUUAGGGAGCAGAAGAACAGGGUUGUAAAGAUUGGAGAGGAUGCUGGGAGACACGAGAGCACAAGUAGAACUGAAAUUGUUAAACGGCCUAGUGUUCAGUUCAUGGAAGAGCUUUCGGAAGAUGUUAAUAAUGACCAAGCAUCCAGCAAGAGUGGAGCACAAGAAAUAAUUCUCAUUACCAGAGAAGAACUGUCCGAAGAUAAAAUACAGCCUGAAGAUUUUGAGAAGAACAUUCAAGUACAAAAUACAAUAGGUCCAUCACAAAUAGUGAUGGAUGAAGAGAUAUUUUUAAAUGGUAAACAUGAAUCAGUGGAGUGGAAUCAAGAUAAACACUAACUAUCCUGAUGUGGGAGAAAUGGAGGACUGACUUUUGAGGUCGUUCCAGGGUCUCCAAGGUACCUUGAAUGACCUUUUUUGGAGUUGCAUCUGUGGGGCCAAAGAUCUCUGCAUACUUUAUGGAUUCAACUGAAUUCAAUAUACAAGUAGUCACAUUUUCUGUACUUGUAUUGAAAAGUAUGCAUUCUUUAUACUGUGCUAACAUUCACUGUAAUG